AUGGCACUCCCCUGGGAAACCAAUGGCGGAGUCGACGGCCGGCCUAAUAGUAUCAAGGUCCUCCUUGAUUGGCUCUCAGCACCAGGUAACUAUGAGCGGUGGACCCAAGCCGAAGUGAAGGCACCUCUGACCAAGGAAAUCCACCUCGAGAUGAUCCAAAGCGGCAUCCACCAUCGGACCCCACAUGGAUACAUUCAUGCAUGCCACUACCGACGGCAAACCCCGGAGGACCUCCGCGAACAAUUCCCCAAUGGCUACCUCUCCUUUGAGGGCUAUGCAGACAUGAUCUGCCGUGACUGGGGCCGCCUUGAACAAAUCUUUGGUCCGCCAGAUGACCUCGCACCCGACGCAACACACCCGGACCCCUCGGCCAGGGAAAGGAUCAUGUUCAACACCAAUGCGGCCUCCAAGCUCGUCGAGUUUGUAGAUCGCAUGCGAACUGAGUAUCAUGAGACCAUGGAGAAGAUCCCUGGAUAUGUCCCAUGGUUGACUUACUUCAAGAACAACCAAGAACAGCGAGCUGAUUACCCCCUCUUGCACGGCUUAGAUCCUGGCCUCAUCCUGUGCCGAUAUGAAAACCUGACCAUAGGUUCCCGCAAACGUCGACGCGGGUCCCCCUAG